AGUAAAUGGGUUAUAAAUAGUAAUUUAAAAUUCUCUUCAUAUUUAAUCAAAUUUCCUCAGUUUUUUUUAGGGUAGGCCUAAAUAUAAUUAAUUUAACGAUUUCCAUUCUUCAUUUCAGUUUCAUCAUGGUUCGCAAUUACGUGAGAAAGACAGGAAGAGGGAAGUAUGAAAUUGAGACAAUGGAGAGAGCGGUAAAAGAAGUGAGGGGAGGGAGAAGUAUGAGAAGCGUAGCUGCAGAAUUUGGAUUGUGUGAUAGAACACUAGCAAACUAUUGCAAGAAAUUGUCCGCUGCACCAGGUUCUACUGAUCCCUCAAAUGAAGCGGUGAUUAUUCAACCAAAUCCUAUUAUAUCUACUACAGUAAACAAUGAUCUGGUGAUUCCUGACACAUCUACUCGUGAUCCGGCGAUUCCUGGCACUUCUACCCAUGAUUUGGCAAUUCCUGGCCCAUCUACUCGUGAUCCAGUGAUUCCUGGCACUUCUACCCAUGAUUUGGCAAUUCCUGGCCCAUCUGUUCGUGAUCCGGCGAUUCCUGGUGCUUCUACUGAAGGUACUGCUGCAACAAGCCAGUCAGCUCAACCAUGGUCGCAGUUUGGCUACGCACGGAACUGGAAGGUGUUUGAGCCAUUCCAAGAACAAAUGCUGGCUGAGUAUUUGCUCAAGGCAUCUGAUAUAUACUUUGGAUUAACGCCUAAGGAAGUUAGACGAUUUGCGUACACUUACGCUGUAGCAUGUAAUUGCAAAAUACCCCCAAGCUGGUCAGAAAAUGAAAUGGCCGGCCCUGACUGGUUCACCUCAUUCAUGAAGAGAAAUAAAACACUUUCCAUCAGAACUCCUCAAGCAACUAGUAUGUCCCGGGCAACAAGUUUCAACCGGACGAACGUUGACCUGUUUUUCAGGAACCUAACCACUGUCCUCCAACGAUUUCAGUAUGGGCCUAAUGAUAUAUGGAACGUUGACGAGACUGGCGUCACAACCGUUCAACGACCAGAUAGAAUUGUAGCGCGGCGUGGAUUUAGGCAAAUAGGGAAACUAACUUCCGCUGAACGAGGAAAUCUCGUCACAAUUGCGUUUGCAGUGAAUGCAGCAGGCAAUAGUAUUCCCCCGUUCUUCGUAUUUCCUAGAGUAAGAUACCAUGAUCACUUCAUCCGUGACGGGCCUCCUGGUUGCGAAGGCGAUUCAAAUCCUUUUGGAUGGAUGAAGGAAGCCAAUUUCCUGAAAUUUGCCAAACAUUUUGUCUCUCAGGCCAGAUGCUCCAAGGAAAAACCUUGCAUUCUAUUGCUAGACAAUCAUGAAUCGCACUUAUCAGCCGACGUCUUAGAUUUAUUUAAAGACAACGGUGUGACCUUACUCUCAUUCCCCCCUCACUGCAGCCACAAGCUUCAACCUGGACCGUUCUGUGUAUGGACCUCUUAA